UCAGGUCCUGGAAGAUACUGGAACAUUCAUCCACUACUAUAAAAUAAUAUCCAACCCAACCUCUUCCUUACACCAACGAAUAUCAGCAGUCAGCGAAAUCUUAAAUCGCUACGCCCAUUUGCAUUUACGAAGCUCGAAUUCAAUCACGGUCCAAAGCCAAACCGAAAGAAAGAUGUCGCUGAUUCCAAGCUUUUUCGGGGGCCGACGAAGCAGCGUCUUCGAUCCCUUCCCUCUCGACACUUGGGACCCCUUCAAGGAUUUUCCUUCCUCCUCGCUCUCUGCAAAUCUCCCAGAGUUUUCUAGGGAAAAUUCUGCCUUCUUAAGCACCCGAAUUGAUUGGAAGGAGACCCCAGAAGCGCAUGUGUUCAAGGCGGAUGUUCCAGGGCUCAGGAAAGAAGAAGUGAAGGUGGAAGUUGAAGAUGAUCGGGUGCUCCAGAUCAGCGGUGAGAGGAACGUGGAGAAGGAGGACAAGAAUGAUACGUGGCAUCGUGUUGAGCGAAGCAGCGGGAAGUUCUUGAGGAGGUUUAGGCUUCCAGAGAAUGCUAAAUUGGAUAAGAUUAAGGCUGGCAUGGAGAAUGGGGUUCUUACUGUUACUGUUCCUAAAGAGGAAGUCAAAAAGCCCGAUGUCAAGUCCAUUGAAAUCUCUGGUUAAAACUUGUUUUAGAUGGACUGAGUGUGGUCUUCUGUGUCUACUGGGAGAAUGCAAAUAAGAUGGCGUUUUUGUAGUUGUUCUGUUUGUGAGGUUAUUUGGAAUAUCUGUCUCUCUGUUUUUCUUGUAUAAAUGGUGCUUGUGGUAAUCUGGAGAUUAUAUUUUAUAUCGUUUUUAUUUUUAUU